UUGUCCAAGAUGUCUGCGCCCACGACGAGACACAUGAGUUCAAGUUCAAGUUCGUUUUUAUCUUUGAGGGGUCGCUUUUAUUGUUAGAUUGUUACCUAGUCCAUCACAGGUGUUUCACCAUGGGCAUUGAGUCGGUGCUGGAAUCGUCGGACAGUGACAAGUCCAGUAGCGGGCUGACCAGGAAGGGAGGUGUCCUGCUUGGAGUAUUUGGGGGCUUGUUCGUUGGAAUCUACACGCUUACUGGUCCAUUUCUGGCCCCAGCUGUCAGAAAAAUUUGCUUACCAUUCCUGCCAGCGUCAUCUGCCCAAAUGAAAAAUGUGUUUAAAGCACUAGGCAGUAAAAAGGGGAGCCUUCUGGACAUUGGGAGUGGAGACGGGCGAAUUGUGAUCGAAGCAGCCCGUCAUGGAUACAAAGCCCAGGGAAUCGAACUCAAUAUGUGGCUGGUUCUCUAUUCCCGUUUGGCGGCUCGACGAGCAGGCAUGAAUAAAACGGCUACAUUUAAACGUCAAGAUCUCUGGAAAAGUGAUAUCAGUCCAUACAACAAUGUGGUUAUAUUCGGUGUAAGACAAAUGAUGGAGCCCCUCGAACAGAAGCUAGAGAAAGAGUUAACACAUGACAGUAUGGUUGUAGCCUGUCGUUUCCACUUCCCAAACUGGGAGCCAAUCCUGACCCUAGGUGAAGGUGUGGACACCGUCUGGUUAUACAGAAUAAACAAAAAGUCAGUCACUAACCCAAGUUAACACUUGCAUGUGAUAUGUACUGUUUGCAGUAACUAUAAAUGAAUGUCAAACAGGAAUUGUCCAAUUCAACCAUCAGCCGGUGAAAAUUACAGCAUGGUGGAUUGGUGGCACUGAAAGCCUUGUUAACAGAGGUUUUGUGAUACCUUGGUGAACUGGCCAGUUGAAUUGCUGUCCAGAUCAAGAGCAUGCACAUAUUCCCAACCAGGCUUUCAACUGCGGAUUUGGAGCUAGACCUAGAUUGUUUCAUAACUAGUGAUUAUGAAAGUGUGUUAACAAAAGAUUGUUUUAACUUGGAUAUUUAUUUAGCUGAGCAAAUGCCAUGUAAAAAAGGUAGAAUGAUUCAGAGUAGCAGGUCUAGAGUGUAUGUUGUACUGAAAUAUUCUCAUCAACAUUGUGUGAUAUUUUAUAAAUUUUCAUAUGCAAAUGUUAUUUUGAUGGAAUAAAAAUAAAUGAUUUUCAAGGUGAA